AGGUCAGCUUUGGGGGCGGAUCAUUUGUUCGUUUUAAAUGGACCCUGUUACGCCUGUAAGAACCUCUCAUCAAGUCUUUCCACGACCACCCAUUUCUUCCAUUCCUUUUGCCCCUGAGUUUCUAAAAUUCUGCCGCAACGAAUUGGACGAAUUGGACCAUUGUCACUUACAAGAUGGCAGGGACUGCUAUGCCUUGAAAAAUGAGCUAUUAGUUUCUUGAUUAUAGCUACUGCUUCUGUGCUCUGAAGUCUGUCCAGCUCCCAAUAGCCACUAUAGUAGUCCGAUUGUAACUAGGUAGUCUUUCUGGUCGAGUGUAAAGAGAUCAACAGCCAUUUUCUCCCAAAGCCUCUGCCCUAUUUCGUGACUCAUGAGGGUCUUUGCCAUGUGAAAUUGCAAAGAGGGCUUACAAGCUAAGAUCCAGUGUCUAAGUUCAGAGUUCAUACUUGUCCAGUAGACACUCUCCCUUGCCCUCCUGAGACAAGCUCCGACACCAGCAUUUGACGCAUGUAGUUCUCUUUUUAUAUCAGUCCUCAGUCCUUGAGGUACAACUAGCCGCUCUCCGCUGAAAACUAGUCCUUCAUAGAUACUGAGUUCGUCUCUCCCACUGUAGUAGGGGGUCAUCAGAGGAGGAAAUUUGGACUUAUCCUGAGGCCAGCCUUGCAGAAUAGUUGCCUUAAGUACUUGCAGGUUGUUGUCUUUUUUCGGUUUCCAGCCGAACCUUUUCUCAUUUCUCUUGUCACAUAGGAAGAAACUGGACGGCAUUCACCAAUUCAAACUCGCUGUAGGUGUCUUGGCAUUGGGUAGGCAGGUACGAUCUACUCAUCGUGUCCGCCAGGUGUUGUGUACGGCCGGGAACGUAUUGGACUUCUAUGUCAUAGGCCAGACUUCUAAGGAGAAUCCCCUUGCAGGCACCUUGGUGCCCUGUCAAGAGGUUUCUUUGUGAUCGACUCAAGUGGCUUGUGGUCAGUUCUGACAAUAAUAUGACGACCAAAAGCGAAGUGAUGCCAUUUAUUCAAUGCAAAACUACAGCCAGCGUUUCUUUUUCUAUGGUUGCAUAACGGGUCUCAGGAUCUGUUAGUGCCCGGCUGGUAUAUGUGUGUGGUCGCCCCCUAAGAGCGGCACCAAGCCCCCGGCUCUUCUAUCGACCAGGUGAACUACUUCAUUUUUUCAACCAAACGCCUGAAGUUGAGUUGUCGCGCUCUCCGAGGUUCGGCAAAUAUCAGUGCAUCUCUUCAGGUUGAGCUGUCUUUUCUGAAGUAACCAUUUCCAGGGAUUUCAUUCUGGAUCCCGAGAACGAUACGGUCCCGAAGUAGCGAGUCAGUCAUUGCUGGGCAACUGCAGAAGUUACAAGUUUCGGCCAUGUUACUCAGGGCGAUGAGAUAAGCGUCAAAGCUUUCACCACCUUCUUUAUUCCUCUCGUUAAAAUUAAAGUUUUUAUAUGUUUCAUUUACCACCCCCGUUAACAAUUCUUCGGAUUUGGAGACUAAAGUUUCCACCCUAUCUGGAUCCUCACUCAUGCUGUAUUGAAACGCGUUAUAAAUUUCUAAAGCACCUUGACCUGUAGUGCAGAGAAAAAGAGCUUUCUGGUAUUAAGCAUCUUGAGUGGAAAUGUUCGACACAACAGCGUAGUUGAGCCAGGUUUGUUUCCUUAGUUUCUACUUUUUCGCCGAACAGUCCGCCAAGUUGAGUGGAGGAUCGAGGUGGUUUUAUCUGUGGAAGUGGUGGUCGAUUCAUCGAAGUUGUUGUCGAAGCAGACGGCAAAUUCGAAGCGGCCACAGCGGCUCCAGGUGAGCUUUCGUCGUCACUCAUCGGUCAAACAGUUAACACUGAGCGUUCUACCAAAGCUGCCACCAUGUAUGCUAUCCUCAUAAAUUAGAUAGACAGCCGAAGACAAGAAACAGAACUACGAACCACAACUUCCUUCACUAGCACAUGGUUUUUACAAUGACGCCACAUGUGCAUACGGGGAAUCAGUGACGUAAUAACAUGUCACGCAACAUGUCACAACAGGGACAAGACCAUUUGUUUGCUACUAACUAGUCUAGUCUAAGUCUCCCCUAUUCCUUUUAGCACAAGGACAUCUGUGAGUUUCCUUCAAAGCAUUUUUACAGCAGCGAAUUAAAAACCGCAGAUUCAGUUAACAAGCGGGAAAAAGCAGCAAGAGUGAGCAGGGACUUUCGUGAGUUUUGGCCAAGUCACAGUAAAACAGGUUAUACACCUUUGGUAUUUUGCAAUGUUGUUGGCGACGAGGAAGAGCUGGUGGUGACAACAGAGGAAGGGCAUGAAAAAUCCAAGAGCAACGCCAAGGAGAAAGACAAAGUGGUAAGUUAAGAGGAGCUAUCUGUAAAAGAAAAAAUUAAAAAUUUAAGAACUCGGAUGUAAGAAACUCUUGCCAAUUAUGGCUGGUAAGAUAUAACUUCAUAGUUAAAGAAUCAUCUACAAAUUGUGGAUCUGUAAUCUUGAUAAGUCAAUCGUGACCGAACAUCCUGCUGCAAAAUAUGCAGGUCACAAAUUGAGGAACAGCACUGUUCCUCUAUUUGUGCGUCAACUUGCAUAAAUUUGUUAGCGUGGCAUUUUAAGGUUAAAUUUGAGCAGCAUUUGGUACAGAAAGUUGUAUUAUCAUGAUUGACUUCAAACUUGCAGAUAUAAAACGAGAGAGCUUUGGGGCUUAUUUUCGGAAGUUAGAGAAAAAUUUGCCUUAGGGUUUCGAAGUUUGCUACAUUUUUUUUUUUGUAAAAAGGAAGUUUUAAAUAUAUGCCGACAUCUCAAACGUUUUUAUAUCUACAAGAAUAUAAAUGAUAUUUUCUUAAAGUUCCACCAUUCUUUACUUAACAUGCCAAAAAGCAUAGAAAUCAGUUAAAUUUUUCCUGUCGAAAAGCGAGAUUCAAAAACAUAGCCAACACGCAUAUAAAUAGGUUCGGGCCACAAUAAACUGGUUAUACAACGAAAUUCACUUUUCUUUUAUAUAAAAUUGAACACGAGUUUAUAAACGGAAAUGAUUUCAACGCGGUGGGACAGUACAAGAUAACACAGCAACCAUCUUACAUCUUAGUUGUUGUUUUUGUUUUAUAUUUUGUUGUUCUUUUAAGGUGGAGGUGCUUAAAAAACUACUGGCUUGUGGAAAAGAUAUGGUGACGGAAAAUCAAAUUUCCGUUUUGAGUCCUUACCGCGCUCAAUGUCAUAUCAUUGAAGAAGACCUCGCUGCCAAUGGUAUAGCUGAAGUGUCAGUAACUUCGAUUGUAAAGAGCCAAGGUAUGUUUUGAUGGGCUAUAAAAAAAAAUAAAAAAAAAAAAAGUUGAAAGUACAGUGUCUUCAAUUCUGUUUCAUGGGCGGCCCUAUCAGGUUAGUUAAAUGGGCGAAAUUUUUAAUUUAUUUUGUUAAAAUUGAGAAGGCUAAUAAUUAAUGAUAAUCGAUUAACUGUAAACCUGCAAGUGUGUUGCUACCAUUAGCCAUUGUUCACUGCAGACUUGCAACUCGUGCUUCGGUUUCGGUUUUCGCUGCUUCUUGGCUCUUAACCGUAUGCUUAGUAUAACUGAUAUACCACAGGCUGAAUAUAUAGGGAGCGGACGGGGCAGAAAAAAACAAGAUUCCCUUGUAUUGUGGUAGCGGCUUUGGUUGACAAAAGCAACCUUUCAACUUCAGAAACUUGAAUAUUGCUCCUCUCCUUUAUUUUCGUAUGGACAGGGAAAGCGAUCAAGAAAGCCAGUUUGUGAAGAUGGAAAGAUAUUUUUAACUUGACUUGGAUUUAGGAGGUCACCAAUACUAGUAUUAAUUCUUCAAAUGAAUAUUUCUUUCUAGGCAGUGAAAACGACUUUGUAAUCAUAUCACUGGUUCGGUCUUUGCCAGAAUCUCAAAUCGAUCAUGAACCAAACCGCGGGUGGCUAAGAGAAAAACUAGGAUUUGUGACUGACGAACACCAGAUCAACGUUGCUUUGACGAGAGCAAAACGAGGCCUGUGUAUCAUCGGUAAGAAAAUAUAUAUAUACAGUGGCACCCAACGACUGUUUUCUGUAAAAUACUGUUCGGAGAAGCAAAUGUCGCCUAGAAUUUUCUGCCACUUGAGGACGGCUAAAAAGUUCUAGGAGACCAUUCCCUUCAUGUACAAUUUUCGAUGUUUAUCAUAUAAAUUCCUAAUGUAUACGGUUUUCCAAAAUUUAAUUUUUCACAUAAACUCCCCACGUUAGGCUUUUUUUCGUAGAAAAAAGGAAAUUACUCUUGAUAGCCUUAAAAUGUUUUUCAAUGUAUUAACUAAAGGGGAAAAGCGUCGUUGGGUGCUCCUAAAUAUAGUUAAGUCCCAGAUUAUUUAACCUGUAAGAGUAGCAAUUAAAGACUGAGACGUGCUACAAAUAUAAUGUACAGCCACCAUGCUUCUGCGUAGAGUCGUCGACCAUUUCUUGGUGAUAACUGGCCAUAAAAUGUAUCAUUUUAAGGCAAACGCUAUUUGGUAUUUUGGACAUGAAAUCGAUCGUUUCUGCGAUUAAUUGUUUUGAUACAUAUUCAUUACACCGGUCGUAAAAUCUCAUUAUCUUUCAAAGAGAGAGAAAAAGAAAGAAAGUCCUUUAUUCUUAAACGAUCUCCAAACACUUUACACCUCGAUUCUUAUUAAACAUUAUCAAGACAGGCAGUGUCUCGUGGACGGAGAUAACUGGCCUUGAGGGAUUGAAGAAAAGUUGUCAGUACUAACCAGCUCUUGAAUAAUCGGUAUAGUUAUAUCGUUUCCUGUCGCAGCUUACUCCUUUUCUUAAACACGUAUUUUUAGUUAUCUUACCUGUUUUCAUUAACAUUAAGCACAGAUUGUUGCAAGAAAUUCAUUUUCUUAAAUAAUAAGGUGAUACCCAAGCAAUACAAUACAAUUACAAUACAAUUCAUUAAUUUUCCCAAAGGGACUUUUCAAAAUUAAUUUACAUCGAGUAGAAAAAUAGAAGAUAAAAUCUAUCUAUUACACAUUCUUAUUAAAAGACACAUUACAAAUAACUUAUUGACAUUAAAAUCUCCUCCGUAAAUAUAUCAAUAAGCCAACACUAAUAAAAUUUAUAUAUUGUUUGCGAGCACAUUCUCAUUGUAGCAACAGAGGGAUUAUUCCAAGUUUUAAGUGCUCUAUCAUAGAAGCCACGUAAACUGAGAUGGUCUUUGUUUCUUGUGUUAUUUGAAUGAUCAUCAGUGUCAGAACGUUUGAAAAGAAUAGCUUAUAGGUUGGAGUAGACUGUUUAUGCAUUUGUGAAUAAUAGAUGGGUCACACCAGUUCCGAAGUUCAUAAAUGCUGAACCAACCGAGUUCAUUCAGUAUAGGUGAAAUAUAUGAUGAAUUUUUUUUUAGUACUCGUUGAAAUACGGGCAGCAAAAUUUUGCAACAGCUGUAAAUUGUGAGUGUUUUCUUUUGAAGUCCCAGACCAUUAUACCGUUGAGAAAAAGAACCAUAGUUCAAAGGUAACACUAA